UCUCACCCACCAGGGACUUAGACAACACUCCAGCAAUGAGCAGCCCUGACGGUGGAUACGCCAGUGACGAUCAGAUCCAAGCCAAGUGCACAACGCAGAUCAUGAUGCCAGGACUUGGUCAGUGCCAAUGGGCUGAGCCUCUGAGCUCUCUCACAGAGGGAAAACUCAAAAGUGAAUCGGGAUCUGUCAACCAUGGCAGCAGGGGCAAAGCAGAGACUCGGAUCCGCCGCCCUAUGAAUGCUUUCAUGGUAUGGGCAAAAGAUGAGCGCAAGAGACUGGCCCAACAGAAUCCGGACCUCCACAACGCGGAACUCAGCAAAAUGCUAGGGAAAUCCUGGAAAUCGCUGACACUGGCAGAAAAGCGCCCUUUUGUGGAAGAAGCCGAGAGGCUGAGGGUGCAGCACAUGCAGGACCACCCUAACUACAAGUACAGACCCAGGAGAAGGAAGCAAGUGAAAAGGAUGAAGAGGGCAGAUAACGGUUUCCUCCACAUGUCUGAGCAGCCAGAUACCGGACUGAUAGGCAGUGAUGGCAGAAUGUGUCUGGAGAACUUCAGCCUCGGCUAUCCCGAGCAAGCUUAUCAUCAGCUGCCCCAGACCAGCCACUACAGGGAGCAUCACCCAGCCAUGACUUCCCACUAUGACAGCUACAGUUUGCCAACUCCUGAAACAUCUCCUCUGGACAUUGUCGAGACUGAUCCUGUCUUUUUUACUUCUGCAUCACAAGAAGAGUGUCAAAUGAUGCCCUACAGUUACAGUGGCACCUACACAUCUCAUCAGCAGAGUCUUGCCAGUAUGCAAGCCAGGCAGUUGCCACAAGCUGAACAGAUCAGUCAGACCAGCCCCACACCAAGCAUGGUGGGAUGUCAGACCUCGCCCCCAUUGUACUAUGGACAGAUGUGCUUACCGAAUUCUGCCAGACACCACCAAGUGGCACACACUGGGCAACCAUCCCCACCCCCUGAAACCCAGCACAUGGGCUCUGUAGAGCAUAUGCAACAAGGCGAGUUGCUGGGUGACGUUGACAGGACUGAAUUUGAGCAAUACCUGAGCUAUAUGAGCAAGUCAGAUGUAGGAAUGCAUUACCAUGGGCAAGAAUCAAUGGUGCCCACUCCAGAUAAUGGCCUCAUUUCCUCCGUAUUGUCAGAUGCCAGUACUGCUGUUUAUUACUGCAACUAUUCCAAUGUUUGAGAGACUUCAUUCUAAUUUCCCAUUUGCAGUAUUUAGAUAAACUUUUCAGUAUUUGGAAACAUUCUUUUAAAGUCGUUUAAGGCUUCAUUGUAUGGAAACGAUUUGUAAAUAUUACCAUGUUCUCUUAAUUUAUGUAAUUUAUUACAUAUGAGUUGGAUAAUAUUAUCCCAAAUGUCCCCAUCUCUUUUAAAGCAUCAUCACAACGAGUUAAAAUAGGACAUUUGAUUGCUUCAACAUAUUCAUUGAAUACAAUGUGAAAUAAUUGAUUAAUUUUGUGUACAUGUACACAGCUUUUGUAUGAAAUGCAGAUGUAUUUUUUUAAUAUUUUACAGUGUUUUUUAAAUUUUGCACUUUUACUAAUAAAAUAGACAAAAUACA